GCCUUUCAUGGUUGCCAGAUUUCCUGUAACAGCAUCGAUUUAAACACCAAGGUUUGUCCGCUUGAAUAUCUCGGAGCUGGCAACACGAGCUCAGACGUUGUCACUCUUGGGUGGUUGGGUCGCUUUGGUUAGGUCGACGCAGCGAAGAUGGCGACCGCCUACGAACGAUACAAUUUACACACCACCCCUGAAAAGUUUUUCAUCGAAGCCUGCGAUGACGGGGCCAAUGCUGUCCUGGCUAUUGACAGGGUGUCAAAUGAGAUGACCCUCGCAAGUAAAAAGGACAUCCCUGCCUCAGCGGUGACCCGGCCAAUUUGUGGCAUCAUGGGGACCAUUCGCCUGGUUGCCGGGAUGUACCUGAUCGUCAUCACAAGGAAAAGAAACGUGGGCAGCCUUCUGGGUCAUGCAGUUUGGAAAGCCGUGGAUUUUGAUAUAAUCUCUUACAAGAAGACAGUUUUGCAUCUGUCAGAGAUCCAGUCUCAGGAGAAUAAGACCUUCCUGUCCAUGUUAAAUAAUGUGCUGACGACAGACGGUUUCUACUUCUGCACUGAUUAUGACCUGACGCACACCCUUCAGCGGCUGGCCAAUACUAGCCCCGACUUCCAGGAGAUGAGCCUGCUAGAGAGGGCAGAUCAGAGGUUUGUAUGGAAUGCAAAUCUCCUCCGAGAGCUGGCAGCAGAGCCAGAGCUCCACCGGUUUGCUCUACCUAUUGUACAUGGCUUCAUUGUCAUGAAACCAUGUCGUAUCAACGGGAAGAUCUUUGAGUGGAUCCUCAUAUCGCGGAGGAGCUGCUUCCGGGCUGGUGUCAGAUACUAUGUCAGAGGCAUUGACUCAGAAGGCCAUGCUGCUAACUUUGUCGAAACUGAGCAGAUCGUUUUAUACGAGGGAGCCAAGGCUUCCUUUGUGCAGACAAGAGGUUCGAUGCCUUUUUACUGGAGUCAAAGGCCCAACCUUAAAUACAAACCUAAACCUAUUAUCAGCAAGACAACCAGUCACUUGGAUGGCUUCCAGAGGCAUUUCGACUCCCAGCUCCUGAUCUAUGGGAAACAAACUCUUCUUAACCUGGUGAAUCAGAAGGGCUCUGAAAAGCCACUUGAACAAGCAUUUGCCAAGAUGGUGGCCGGUGUGAACAACGGUAUGCUCAAUUAUAUCGCCUUUGACUUCCACAAAGAGUGUAGCCAGAUGAGAUGGGAUCGUCUCCAGAUCUUGGUGGAUGUUGUAGCUGAAACACAGGAUGAAUACAGUUACUUCAUGGUGAACCUGGAUGGAAGGGUACUAGCCCAGCAGAAAGGUGUCUUCCGUAGUAACUGUAUGGACUGCUUGGACAGAACCAACGUCAUCCAGAGCCUUUUGGCACGACGCUCCUUGCAGUCUCAGCUCCAGAGGAUGGGUGUCCUAAACGUAGGACAGCGUCUUGAAGAACAGGCCGACUUUGAGAAGAUCUACAAAAACGCAUGGGCUGACAAUGCCAAUGCAUGUGCUGUACAGUACGCAGGAACCGGUGCGUUAAAAACAGACUUCACAAGGACAGGAAAAAGAACCCAUUGGGGAUUGUUGAUGGAUGGUUGGAACUCCAUGAUCCGCUAUUACAAAAACAACUUCUCUGAUGGCUUUCGUCAAGAUUCAAUUGACUUGUUUCUGGGCAAUUUUGUCAUCGAUGAAUCAGACGGCCCGGGUCCUCUGAGGGUGCAGAAAGACUGGAAGUUCCUCACGCUUCCGAUCAUCAUGUUGGUGGCAUUCUCGAUGUGCAUUGUAUGUCUUCUUAUGGCUGGUGACACAUGGACAGAGACUUUCGCUUAUGUGAUGUUUUGGGGUGCUUGCAGUGCCAUUACAGCCACCAUCAUCCUCUUUCAUGGGCAAGACUUUGUGGAUGCUCCUAAACUUGUUCACAAGGAGAAGAUGGACUGAGUGAGUUACAUGUGCGCAUGUUAGGGCACACGAUAAUCAGCUCCAGUACCAGAUCAAGAUACCUUGCCGACGUUAUCCUUCUCCAUCCACAUAUGAAGACUAUACCUUCUGAUGUGGCCAUACUUCCCUGAAGAUGUUUCUUUGUGCGUUUACAGAGACGAAAAUGUUGAUUAUGGCUAAUCUGUUCCCAAACGGCUGUGGUCAAAAUGGUUAUAUUUUGGGUCUCAUAGUUACUAACUUAAACCAGAUUUUCGUCACGACAGCCACUUUUGGCUGUUUGGAAACUGUCCACUGUCAACUUAAACUGUUCCUGAAUUCUUAUAUUGCCUUCUUCUUUUGUUUGUGUGUGUGUGUGUGAGAGAGAGAGAAAUUAUUUAGUCUCUAUUGUCAUUUUCUGUAUGCAGUGAUCCUUCACUCUUCACGGGAUAGAGACCGACCCUUGCUGCAAAUUGUGAAACACUACAAUCGCCACUACUCCCUAAAAGGGUUUGAAAUUGCACACAGAUGCCACACGAUGACGUCAAUUCACUCCUUUUGUGCAAUUCACACUCCUCAUCCCCAUGUCAAAUUCUUCCAUUGCCACCCAGAUGACGCUAGACCAAUAGCAGUAUUGCUUUGGUUUCAUCUGGUGGCAUCUGGGACCUGAGUAUAAAUCCGCAAAAUAGGAUCCGUUUCUCGCCACUUAAAAAAAAAAAUAUAUAUAAUAAUAAUAAUAUCCUGGGUGUAGGUGAAACUGCGAAUUCCGAACCGCAAAUAUAUACAGGUUUUACCAACUGAGCUACGAAAAACUUGGUGGGGCUUGGAACUAAAUUUUGCUGGUUGAAUGUCUUACCGAGUACAGUUCCAUCUAUAAAGCUUGUCAUGUUUAGUAAAAUAAAUACAUAAAUACAUCCAAAAAUAAAUAGCAUUGAAAGUUGACAUUACCGAAACAAUAUCUAUAUAUGUAUAGUAAUGGCUUUGAGAACAUGAACUGUAACAUUUGUAUGAAACUUGCAUAUUUUACAAAAUAUACUAUCAAUAAAUAUUCAUUAAGCCAUUAGAAGCACCGAACCUUUUUUUUCCCCCUCAUCUUGACUUGCUAACCUGCCUCGUCUAUCCUAAAGCCAUUCAUCACAAUUUCAAGUGAUUUAAGGGUCAUACGGGGAUACUGUGCAAUCUUCUAAAUAUUGGCAUCGGUUCAUUAACGGUUAUAAUGUAACACAAUUUUUUUUUUGCCCAAGUAUGUUUGCACAGAAAUGUUUUGUCAACAAUCCAUUGUCAUUUUUGAAAGAAAUCUACUCAUUUGCAUAUUUCCUUCACCUGGUUCCUUAUAUAAAUACGGAAUCUGUUUUGAACACCAAAAGAAUAGAAGGAGACUUAUUUAUCCCUUAUCAUUUGCACAAGACAAUUUCAUGUCGUUGAAACCUGAAAUAAAGUUUCUGUUUAUAAUAUCUUGUUGACACAUGUUGCAUAUAUGAUUGAAUGUCUCUGUGAGGGUUUGUAUUUGCAGUCCUCAUGUGUGUUUUGUAAUUAUAUUUGAAAUCUCAUAUAUACUUUGUACACAUAACUAAUAGUAAAUGAUAAAUAUUUUCAUAUACAGCAUUAAUAUAGCUAAAUGGUUUUUGAUCCAACAGUGCUUGGUUCUGCUUCGAUUCGAUAUAUCAACUAUUCGGUGCAGCUCGUGACUUCAAAAUGUCAACUUGGUCAUUCAUGGGAUAUUUAUGGUAUCACAAAUGUAUCUCGCCGUACAUUUAUUAAUGUACAAUAUUUUGAAUCCCGCUGGACCGAUUUGUGAUUUUCCUCAGCAGCCGGCUAUUUUUAAAUUCCGUUCAGCUUCAUCAAUUUGUUUGUAUGAUAUUAUUUAACAAUAAACUACGGUGAACUGAC